AACUUUUCCAGCUCAUUUCAGUGCUAACUUAGCAGCCUUUGUUUACUAGCAACGCCACCGAGCUAGCUUUUGAGCUAACCAAGUUAAUAACACUUUUACAAGAUAGUAUUUGAUUAUAUUUAUAUAAAUCCGGGUGUUUAAAAAUGGUGAAGGCUUGCGAUUAUCCUGGUUGUGCCAACAAAAUUGAUGGUAAAUCUCUCAGUUUUCAUCGUUUUCCUCUGACGGACGUUGCGGUCAGGAAACUUUGGCUACUCGCUUUGGGAUUCCAUGUUGACACCAGACUGGAAAAAAUUAAAAAGCUCCGAGUUUGCAGUGCUCACUUCAGCGAGGACGACUUUGUGUCUUCGUGCCCAAGAGAUACGAAGAAAAGGAUUUUGAAGAGCUCUGCUGUUCCUGCAACACUGGCAUGUGCUCCUGUUGCAAUGGCUGAAACGGCACAAUCUAAGGCCGCAACCUCUGAAGAAGAGCCAGCUCUUCAGUCAACCCCCCUGAAGUCCAGAUUGGACAAGCAACAGUUCCAGAUGAUGCUCACCAGCCCAGCUGAUGCUGGUCCAAGCAAAAAGCCAUCGACUUCAGGAACAUACAUAGCCCUACCUCCUACCGGGAGACUGUCACAGUCAGAAAACCCUAGCUCAGAUGUUGCACCUGAGACCCUGGAUACCACCAUGACAUCCAUAGAGACACCUGUGGACAGAGAUGACAGCACAUUCCUUGAAUUGAGCAGUGAUGACACAUCUACAAGAUCAUCUUCCUCAGACAACAUUGCGGGAGCAGAAAGGAGAGGCGACUGGUCUGAGAGGAAAUGGAUUGUGAAUGAGUCAUGUCUAAUGGAACUGUUUACAACUUGUCACACAUGCGGGAUAUCCAUUUGUGAGAAGAAGAUCACCAGCCGUGGAUCAAAAAUUAAAAUAGAAUGGACAUGCAUCAAUCACCAUAUGGGAGUGUGGGAGUCCUGUCCUGAUGUCCGUGGAAUACCUGAGAACAACCUGGUAUCCUCAGCAGCCAUUAUUUUCACAGGAACAACACAGAAUGAAAUUGAAGAGUGGGCUGAUCUUCUAAACUUACAACUGCUAAAGAGAACAGCAUACUAUUCACUGCAGUCCACCUAUAUGAUACCUGUUAUUCAAGAAGCCUACACCGAGAUGCAAGAGGAGAUUUUGUCAGAACUCAGGGAAACUGAAGCUGCUGGUGGACACACAGAUAUCUGUGGUGAUGCAAGAUCUGAUUCCCCGGGUUACAGUGCCAAGUACACCUGUUACAGCUUUAUGGAAGAUGCAACAAAGAAAGUCAUCAUGUCAGAUCUAAUUCAGGUAACUGAGGCUACCAGUUCAACAGCAAUGGAGCCUGUUGGUUUCCGGAGGGGCCUGGAUCGUCUGCUGGACUCCGGCGUUGGUGUUUACGUGGUAACUACUGACCGGGCUCCAUCAAUACGGAAGAUCAUGAGGGAGUCCUAUCCUGAGCUUAGGCAUCAAUUUGACCCAUGGCAUGUUGCAAAAGGUAUAAAGAAGAAGGCAACUGCAUUGGCAAGGAAGAAAGAAAACCGGGACCUGCAGCCAUGGAUCAAGUCUCUGGGCAAUCACUUCUGGUGGUCGUGCAGUUCUUGUGGUGGCGAUGAGAAGGAGUUGAAACACCGGUGGACCUCUAUCCUUUACCAUGUGUGUGGUAUCCACCGCUGGGAAGAAAAUGACCAGGAGUACAGAUGUCGCCACGAAGACAUCAGCGAGGAGCAACAACGACGAAAGAAAUGGCUGGAAAAGGGGUGUCCUGCCUGGAACGCUCUGAAGAGUGUUGUACUGGACAAAAAUCUUUUGAGAGACCUCAGUAAAAUGACUUUGUUCAAGCAUACAGGGGCCCUUGAAGUGUUACACAGCUCCAUGCUGAAGUACGCGGAGAAGAGGCGCCAUUUCAAAAACAUUGUUAUUAUUAUUGUGAUUUCACUACUUAUUUACAGACAGGAAAAGUACAAUGUCAUUCACUCAAGGCAAUCAAACCAGUGGGUGGCAAGAAAGCUGUAUGAGCCAACAACGCAGGAGUUCCGGAAAGAAUUGGUGGAGCGGGUCAUUCGACGGCGGCUUGACAAGAAUGUCAGGCUUGGAGAUCCCGCUUUCCAUGUCCAUCCUCCUGUCAGCAUACCGGCCAACAUUGCUCCCACUCCAAAGCCAAACAAGGCUGACUUGGUUGCAGAACAUGCGUCACGCUUUCCAACUAAAAAUACUGGUGAUACAGAUGUUGAUGUCUGA